AUGUUGCUCGACACAGCUAUCCAGAACCUCCCCCAGGUCCUCCGGGCCCUCUUCGUCGCCGUCCCAGUUCUCAAGUACGGCCCCGUGGUGCGCAUCGGCCCGCGGCACCUGUCCUACACCGACCCGCGCGCGUGGAAGGACAUUUUCGGGCACCGGGCGGGGGAUCAUAUCGCGCUGCGGGAGAAUGGCAAGAGUGAGAUGUUCUAUCGCAAGCAGCUGAUUGAUCGGGAUGGCAUGGACGCGCCGAAUAUUUUGGAUGCGGAUCGCGAGGAGCAUUCAAGAUUGAGGAGGGCCGUGGCGGCCGGGUUCAGUGACCGCUCCAUGAGGGAGCAUGAGCCGAUUAUUAUGAAGUAUGUGGAUCAGUUGAUGAGGGGGUUGAGGCGGAAGACGGAGAUGGGCGAGGAGGUGGAUAUGGCGGCGACUUUUGUGGGCCAUGAAGUAUGCCGGUAUGGGAUACGUCCUGGGUUUAGGUGGGCGCUGAACAAGCUGGUCAAGUGGGCGGCUUGGGACUCGUUCAAGCAGAUGAUGAUUAUGAUGGAGAAGAAGUUGCGGCAUCGGUUGGAUAUGGACCAGGAGCGGAAUGACCUGUUCGAGGGGCUGAUGAGCAAACGGGAGGAAUGGAACCUCGACCUGCAACGCCUGCAAUCCAACGCCACCCUUAUCGCCGCCGCUGGGUCCGAGACAACGGCCAGUCUGAUGGCAGGCGUCACCUUCCACCUCUUGCAGAAUCCCGAGGCUCUCGAGAAGCUGAACAAGGAAGUGCGGUCCGCGUUCAAGAGCGCCGACGAGAUCACCAUCGCUUCGGUUUCCCGGCUGCCUUACCUCCUAGCCUGUUUGAACGAGGGGCUCCGCCGCUACCCCCCGGCUGUCAGCAACCUCCCGCGUGAUGUGCACGAGGGAGGUGAGAUGAUCGCAGGCGAGUGGGUGAACGAGAAUACCAUUGUCGAGAUCCAGCAGUACGCCAUUAACCACAGCUCCCAGCACUGGCGCGACCCCUUCGCCUUCCGGCCCGAGCGGUGGUUGAACAAAAUCGACGCCGAUCUCGGCGAAGCGAAGGAGCGGGACGAAAAGGAUAUCGACGGAGACCGGCUCGACGCCAUGCAGACCUUUAGUGUUGGGCCGAGGAACUGCGUGGGGAGGAACCUUGCAUAUGCCGAAAUGAGAGUCGUCAUGGCUCGUAUGGUGUUUGAGUUUGACAUGGAGCUCUCGGAGCGGAGCAAGAACUGGCUGAAGGAGGCCAAGGUAUACACCAUCUGGAAGAAGACGGAGCUUUUCCUGCGCCUUACGCCGGUGAAGAGGUAA